AUGGCUGCUUCCAUUGACAGCUUACUGGAGGAAAUCGCUGGAGUUGAAGACCCAGUUGAAGAACUUCAGAGUUUAAAAACUGCUCUGUUAGCGAUCCCUGUCAGUGCCUUGAAGGACUCGGUUAGAGGACAGCGUUUAGAUGUCAUUUUCUCUCUGCUCAACUCCAGUGACAGGACGCAGGUGGAGCUAUGCGUAGACAUCCUUGAACGCAUCUUAAUGGCCAUGAGCCCUGUGCAUGUGGUCCAGAACUACAGAGCGGAGCUGCAGGGGGGGUUGACUCACCCAAAUGACACUGUUAAGAUACUGGCCUUGGCACAGAUUGGGAGAGUGGUGGAGGACCCUGAUGCUGUUACUGAAAUCCUCAACAACCACGACGUCCUCCGAGCAGCGAUCCGCUGCAUCGGAGAGGAGAAGAUGGCUGUGGCAAAGCAGGCGAUUCAGUCCUUGUCUAAGCUCAGUCAUUCCAAGCCUGGAUUAGACAAAUUAUUCCAGACUGACCUGCUGCAAGUCAUGAAGGAUGUGAUGGCCACAAGUGACAUUAUUAGAUACAGAAUAUAUGAGCUGGUGGUGGAGAUCUCAUCUGUUUCUCCCAUUUCUCUCGGUUACUGUGCCAACAGCGGCCUCAUUUCUCAGCUGCUCAGCGAAUUAACAGGAGACGACGUAUUGGUCAGGGUCACAGCUGUAGAGAUGGUUACAACUCUUGCACACAGUCAGCAUGGUCGGCAGUAUUUGGCCCAGCAAGGUAUCAUGGAUAAGAUCUCAAACAUGAUCAGAGGAGCCGAGACUGACCCCUUCUCUUCCCUCUACCUUCCAGGUUUGGUGAAAUUCUUUGGGAACUUGGCCAUCAUGGACAGUCCACAGCAGGUUUGUGAAACCUAUCCAGCUUUUCAGAACAAAGUGUUUGAGAUGGCGCUUGAUCCGGACCCUGUGAUGAUCGGCGUGGCUCUGGACACUUUGGGAUUACUGGGAUCUAAUGUGGAGGGGAAGCAGGUCCUGCAGAAAACAGGAGAAAAGUUCAAGGCUGUGUUGUCAAAAAUGAGCCAGCUUGCCAGUUCUGGACCUACAGAGCUCAGAGUUCGAAGCUUGGACGCGAUAUCACAACUUCUCUCCCUACAGCCAGAGCAGCAGACAGAAGACCUUUUGGCCCUGACAGAGUCAUGGUUCCACCUUUUGUCCAGCCAGCCCAUGGACAUGAUUCGCAACAUCAGCACUCAGCCCUUUCCAGAGCUGCACUGUGGAGCACUGCGGAUAUUCACUGCCAUUGCCACUCAGCCAUGGGCCCAGAAGCUGAUGAUUAACACUCCUGGAUUCAUGGAGUUCAUUUUGGAUCGUUCAACGGGCCAGACGAAGGAGGCCAAAGAUGCCAAGUUUGAACUGAUUGGGGCACUUGCAGGUUCAUCAACAGCAGCUGAGAUCCUGGGCAGUCAGCACUACAUCCGCGUGAAAACUUACCUCAGAGAAGGACCUUACUAUGUUUCAGCUGUUGCCGCAGUCAGCACUGAGGGAGCGGACUGAGUCAAAUUAACAAUAAACCAAUUCAAAUGCA